AUGGCAGCCCUCUGCCUGCAACUUACAAAAUUCGAUGGCAGUCGAAUUUUGACGGAAUUUAGAGGGAAAAGAGUCAUUUUCAUUGGGGACUCAUUGAGCUUGAACCAAUGGCAGUCACUUACUUGCAUGCUUCAUACAGCUGUUCCAAAGGCCAAGUACACAUUGGUCAGGACUGGAGGGCUGUCCACAUUCACGUUUCCGGAAUACAAUCUUAAAGUAUUGUUCUCCCGCAAUGCCUUUAUUGUGGAUAUCGUAGCCUCACCUGCUGGCCGAGUCCUCAAGCUUGACUCAAUCUCAACUCAGGAUGAGGAACUGUGGUUGGGAAUCGACAUGGGAUUUGAUUCAAGUGGGGAAACAACUUACACCGACAUGGAUCGCUUGGUUGCAUAUGAGAAGGCAUUGAACACUUGGGCUAGUUGGGUAAAUUCCAAUGUGGAUCCCAACAAAACCAAGGUCUUCUUCCAAGGUGUUUCUCCAGAUCACAGCAAUGCAACAGAGUGGCGUGAUCCUAAGGCAAUAAGCUGCAAUGCCCAAUCAAAACCACUUCCAGGUCCAGAUUAUCCAGGAAAAGCACAUCCAGCAGAGGAAGUAGUAGAGAAAGUGUUACGUAGCAUGUCAAAGCCAGUCCAUUUGCUGGAUGUUACAACUCUUUCACAACUUAGAAAAGAUGGGCACCCAUCUGUCUACGGCCUUGGCGGGCACCGGGGCAUGGACUGCAGUCAUUGGUGUUUAGCUGGAGUUCCUGAUACUUGGAAUGUUCUUCUUUACGCAGCUCUUACUCAAAAUUAG